CUCAGUCCUGUGUGAGCGUUCAGUUCGAGAUGUUGGCUUAGUGAGUGUCGUCGUGUAGUCGCUUCCUGUGUAUGGUUUUUUGCUGCUUCGGUUGCCUGUGAAUGCUGUGGUAGAAACGGGACGCCGGGUGGUAGGCGGAAAACGGCCGCACGGGCUCAGAGUGGCGAAUAAGUGUGUUCUUUAGUAGACCAUUGCAGAUUAAGGAAGGAUUAUUUGAAAAAUUCAUUUUGUUCAAUUUUGAUGUUCCUAGUGAGAAGAAAAUUAUUUGUGUUCUAAAGCUCCUGAUUGAGUAGCGUUGCGGGCGAUCCUGAUUUGGAUGUUACAUGUUUCAUAAUCUUUAUCGACUCGGAUUGACAAGGAUAGCACACGACGGCGACUCGGGACGGCAGGAGAAAGCUAAUCUCGCGUGAGUGUAGACACCAUUGCCGGACAGCCGGACAGGGGGCCGGAUUUCAAAAAUUAGUCUGCAUAUAGAAUCAACUCGGCGGUGAUUUAGGAAAACAUUUGCGCUGAUUUAUAACGGGCACAUAACUAAGCUACCAGGAUGAUUAUGGAACUGUACGCGUACCUAACCAACUUGCCGCGAUGGCACAUAUUCGCCAUAUUUCUCUUUGGAUAUUUGAUUUACUAUCUCAUAGAGGUUGUUAAGCGACCCAUUCUAGCCGUAUCGAAUGGCCCGUUCAAAAAGUACCUUCGUAAAAAUAUACCUAUCUUGGAGAUGAAGUUUUGGCCUACAUUCUGGUGUGUUGAAAGUCGGGCUCAGACAGUCUUUGCCAGUAUCAUUCGCUCCAACAUAAUGCCAAACGUUGAGUAUCGACGAGAAGUUCUCACCCUCAAAGAUGGCGGUGUUGUGGCACUGGAUUGGAUGGAAGCAAACUGUGAUAGUGACUCACCUUUGAUUAUUAUUCUGCCGGGAUUAACAGGUGAAUCGCAAGCCGAAUACAUCAAGUGUUUGGUAACGGCAGCUAAUCGCAGCGGCAUCAGGACGGUUGUAUUCAACAACCGAGGAUUGGGAGGAAUAGAACUGAAAACCCCUCGAUUAUACUGCGCAUCGAAUAGCGAGGAUCUGUCCGAGGUUGUCCGCCAUGUGAAGAAAGUGAAUCCUCAUAUUAAAAUUGGUGCCACGGGAAUUUCCAUGGGUGGAUUGAUCCUUGGUAACUACUUAGCCAACUACUGUGACGAAGCCAAGGCCGCUCUGACGGCAGCGAAAAUUAUCUCCGUACCAUGGGAUGUGAACAAAGGUUCUGACAGCAUUGAACAGCCAUAUUUGAACAGUAUGCUCGGUCGCCAUCUAGCUGGGAGCUUAUGUCGCACUGUCCGACAGUACGAAAUUCUGAGAAACGAUGAAUUUGACUGGGACAUGGACCAAGUUUUGCAGAGUAAAACCAUCAAGGAGUUUGAUUCGCACUUCACGUCCAAACAUUUCGGCUACAAUGAUGUCCAUAGCUACUACGCACAUGCUACGCUGCACAACAAAUUGCACAAAAUUAAGGUACCUCUGCUGUGUUUGAGUGCUGCCGAUGAUCCGUUCCAGCCAUUAGAUGCCAUCCCGAUUAAGGCUGCAGAGAAAUCCUCGCACGUUGCCAUCCUCAUAACGGCUCGCGGUGGUCACAUUGGGUUCCUCGAGGGUUGGUGGCCGGCCAACAAGGAUCAGUACAUGGGUCGCCUAUUCAGUCAGUUCUUUGCGGCGGCACUGUUCGAUACGAACCACGAAUUUUAUCGCACUGCACAGCUUAUGAUGGAGCACAACUUGCAGACCUCGACUUCGGUUCCAACAACACCAAUCUCGCGAUCCUCUAGUCCAAUUCGAAAGAAAUCGAUUCCAUUCUAAUAGUGAAGGGUUAUUUACUAUAAAGGCUGCGUGCACAUGAGUGAGGUGGGUGACUUCUUUGAGAAGUCGAAGAUUUUGUCCAGGUCAUCAACCAAAUGCGAUAGAUUUUGUGAUAAAGUUGAAAUUAAUUGCGUAAAAACAUUGUUGUUAUGGUUGAUCUUUGAACCACAUAUGGAACAGGAAUUCAAUUAUCGUUACGAUAGUUAGACUCGAGCAACGAUUUUAAGCAUGUUGUGGUUUUAAAAUAUUAAAUUUAUUAACAAAGUUUUUAAGAUUAUUAACCAAACGUCAGUGGCGUGACAUACAUUAGAUUUUCGGCGCAAAACUUUCAACAAACAUUUCAAAGCUUUAAUGAAUAGUCAAUGCGAAUGGAUGCCUUUGUAAAAUAAGCGGUAGGACAGUUUGAGAGAGAUUGAAACAAUACGCGAUUUUAUUAGUUAGAUUGAGUUUUUAGUUCCAACUGGUUUGUUUUCUUCAAGCUUGAGCAGUAAAAUUUGCUUCAAAUUGGGUGUUUACCGUACUAGUGAAACACAAUUUUCGCAUCCUUUAGGUAUGCAAAUUUAGGGUAAAGUUCUUACCGAUGCUUCACCUACUAAUACAAUCUUUCAACUCUACACAUGAGAUUUUUUGUCGAUUUAGAAUCAUACCAAGCAAUAUAGUAUAAACCAAACUACAAAAUCGAAGCAAUAAGAGACACAUUUUAAUUCACAUAUCACACAAAUAGUUUUGAGUGAAAGAAACUAAAUAAGAAAAUAAACAUCGUAGGCAUAAUACAACUCAAAAAUGAAACGGUCACAAAAAUCUACAGUUAAAUCUACUUAACUAAAGAAUAAGUUAAAAGAUAGUCAUUUUCAUUCCCGUAGUGAACUGAAUAAAACAUGUGUACGAAACUAUAAUGCCCUAACUGGAACACUCAAAAGACAGUAGAGAAGUAAGAGGGGCGAACAGUUGGUAUGACAGCAAACAAUAAAACUUUUCCACUCGUAGCAUUAGUAGGAGGAACAUACGUCUAUUAGCAUCAAAAACUGAAUCAAACAUUUUCUCUCUUUGACAUUUUUCAACCGAUUUCUAACAAUGUUUUUUUGUUCUCUGACAAGGUAAAACAAUAGUGUUCAAAAGUGUUAGACUUAAGAGUACAAGGUACGCAAAAAUAAAAACCAAAAAUGUUUACCGAGCAACAGGAACAAAAACAGAAAUCAAAUGCAUGAACCGGUUGAGUCGUUAUUCAGUAGUAUAUAGUUAACAAAUUUUCGCAGACUAUUUGAAAAUAGUGCAAAUAAUUUCGUAAGUUAAUUGGUUAUAAUUAUUAAUUUCACUACAAGUCAAUGCAACCCAAUAAACGAUGCUCUUAAAUUAUUACAA